AUGGCCACAGCCGCCCUCAUGACGCCCACAACGCCUUACAACCCUCAUCAACCCCCGUCGGGGUUUCCUCCCUAUCACAGCACACAUGCAGCGAGUGGCCCCGGCAUGAUCUCUCCCGUUGAUUCGAGGAGGACGUCUGACGACACGGAGAGCUCACAUCGCCAAUCUCUUCCUUCUAUCCAGGAGGUCAUCGGCGUCAAGUCAUCGUCUUUCCCGCCUCAAGCACCUGCCACUGCCAUGACGGGCUCACAAGGCCUUCCCUCCCCGUUCGCCUCCACCCACUCGCGGCACUUCUCCGACAUGUCCCAGGAGAAGAACCCGUCCCCCAGAACGUUGCACCCGACAUCCUCUUUCCCUCGAGCCGAUCCUGCACCUCCUUUCUCAGAUAGUCGGCCCCCAAUGUCAUCCCGGCCUGCACCUCCUCCGCCGCCGCCGCCUCCUCAACCCCUCGGCGCGUUCUCGCGGUCACAGCCUUCACCACCGACGAAGCUGGACCAGCACCCGAUACAACGGCAUCACGAACCUGAGCAUCGUCUUGUCGAAUCCCACCAACCCAAUGGCGGCUACUCUCACCCACCCCCUCCGCCGCCGCCCGCUGCAUACCCGCCGCCCGGCCAGCUACCACCAGGCCAAAUGCCCCUUCCAGGUUAUCCCAUCUCGCCACCUCGCCACGGAGCUCCUUUUGAUCCCCAGCGUCCACCGCUCCACCCGGACGAGAGAGACUACAAUGGCAGAGACAAGUACGAAGCCACUUUGAACCGCCAUUUCGAGGCAUGGAGUUAUGCGGAAUAUCUUGCCAAGAUCGGAUCCGCCGCUCGAACAGUGUACAACUUUGCCGACGCCUACGGGAGACUGGCACAGGAGGAACAUGGUGCCCACCCGAUCCCACAGAGGCUACCGAGCGAUCGUGAGCUCGCCGACAUGGUCAGCAACGCCGAGUGGAUUAAGAAUAUGCUUGACAACAUCAGAAAUGUGGUUCAGCAGAGCAUUAUGAACGAGAGGGCACGAGAAGGCGCAAGACCGAAACCACCAAUGGAAGAAGAGGACGCCACAAUGUACGAUGCCAAGUCUGGUUACGGGCACCCAGAGGUGAAGAAAAGGCGUAAUCGUGCUGCACCGCCGGGUCGGUGUCAUAGCUGCAAUAGGAUUGACACGCCCGAAUGGAGGCGUGGGCCCGAUGGCGCUCGCACACUCUGCAACGCCUGUGGACUUCACUACGCCAAGCUCGAACGCAAGAGACAGCUAGAGCUAAGGUCGAUACGCCCCCGGCCCUCGGAGGAACGAAGUUGA